GUUUUUAAACUCAGCUCGCGCGCGACGGUCGAGCGAUCACUUAGCACUUCUCCUCCAGCGAUAAAGACCGAGCGAUCCAUCUCGGUGUUCCUGGCCCAAUCCGUUUGGCGGCUCGGCUCUUUAAUUGCGUCACUAAUGAGCUGCAUUUAUGUUAAUCUCAGCACCCGGGACGUCUAAGCGCUACACGAUCCCAAGAUUUUCGGAUCUCGGGGAGGGAUCUUCAUCGCGGCACUCGGCUAUCGGCACUUCUUUUGCCUUUUGCCUUUGCCUUUUCUUUUUUGGUAGUUUUCACCUGCUGAGCCGUUUAUGGUUAUUGCCGCAAUUCCGUUGUGACAGUCGGAGGCGCUUUAUCAUAAAUUAAAAAAUCGUGUAGUCGGACCGCUGGACAGCCCCGCCCCCUGAAUCUCGAACUGAUGGAUGAUGCUGCCGCUGAUGGCAGUUUCGGGUCUGAGUUAUGGCCGGGCCAAGUCGGAGAUUUGCAUGAAUGAAACGCACGCGUUGCCCGAAAAGUGUUUGCUGAUCCGAUGGUGAUCGCGCGAUGACUUAAUUGAAACGCCGCUGGCUGGAGCAGAAGAAGGUGUUAAUUAGCAUACGAACAAAUGGACAAAAUACGAACGAGUGUGUGUGUAUUGUGUUUCGGCAAUCGAUCGUCGCUUUUUGGUCAUAUUCGCAGAAGUAUUGAGUGCUGCCGUCUGCCUUUUCGGUUCAUUAAUAAUAACAACAACAGAGGCGUUCGGUUUAUUUCCCAAUAGUUUCUCGCCAUUGGCUCUUCAGAUUCUUCGGGCUCCAAUGUCGGCGUUUGCGUUUUAUGGGUAAAAAAUGAAACAAAAAGGCCCUCGGUAUUGAGGAACUGUGGAAAUCGGAGACUGCUAAGCUCAGCGAAAGGAAAGGAACGGAAAGGAAAGGAAAUUAAGCCUCAAAUGCAUUGAGUAUUGAGACUUUUAGUGCGAAUAGAAUAUGAUGAUAGUGCCAGCUGCUGGGCUCGUAUUCGUGUUGUGUGCCUCGGAUUUGCAUCGUCAUGUGGAAAAUACAUAACAAGCUCUUAAUCUACAUACUCUGGAUUAUGGAAAUAAGAUUAGUGUCCAGCUUUACAUCCGCCAUGCUCUGUGGCCGGAUUCCGGGCCUGACUCCCGGCCAGCGGAAUAUGUGCCGCGAGAUGCCCGACGCCCUGAUCGCCCUGGGCGAAGGCCACCAGCUGGGCGCCCAGGAGUGCCAGCACCAGUUCCGGGGACACCGCUGGAACUGCUCCGAGGUGUGGCAGCGCAACGUCUUCGCCCAUGUCAUACCCACAGCUUCGCGUGAGGCUGCCUACACCUAUGCGAUAGCCAGUGCCGGAGCGGCCUAUGCGGUGACCGCCGCCUGUGCCCGCGGCAACAUCUCCACCUGCGGCUGCGAUGUGCGGCACAAGGCCACGCCCACAGCGGGAGGAACGCCCGACGAGCCCUGGAAGUGGGGCGGCUGUUCGGCGGACGUGGAUUUCGGGAUGCGGUACGCACGCAGGUUCAUGGAUGCCCGCGAACUGGAGCGAGAUGCCCGCACGCUGAUGAAUCUACACAACAAUCGGGCAGGCAGAACGCUGGUCAAGAAGAUGCUGCGCACGGACUGCAAGUGCCAUGGCGUGAGUGGCUCCUGCGUGAUGAAGACCUGCUGGAAGAGCCUGCCGCCCUUUCGCCUGAUCGGCGAUAAGCUCAUGAAUAAGUAUCAAAAAGCCAAAACUGUUCAAGCCAUCAAAGGCAAACGUGGACUGAGAUUAGUAUUAAGCAGAAAGAAGCAUGCGGGCACCGCUCGUGCCCCAAAACCGGUCCUGGAUUGGCCGAAGCGCAUGGAGCUGAUCUACCUGGAGGCGUCGCCCAACUACUGCGAGCGGAGUCUGCAGACGGGCAGCCAGGGCACCGCCGGCAGAACCUGCCAGCGGACCGGCCACGGCCCCCAGAGCUGCGACCUUCUCUGCUGUGGGCGUGGCCACAACACGCAGCACAUCCGGCGGACCAAGCAGUGCCGCUGCCAGUUCCGCUGGUGCUGCGAGGUCAAGUGCGACGAGUGCGACGAGAGCUACGAGGAGUUCACCUGUAAAUAGACAGUAAAUAGGAGCAGGACCAGUGCGCUGCUAGUAUUAGGAAAUUCGUUUAUUAAGUAUUAUGAGAAAUGUAUUACACUCACUGACACACAACACGCCACCAUACAGACACAUUCCAGAAUAAAAUAUAUCAAGUUAACAU